AUGGGUUGCCUUGGAGGCGACGAGAUGAGAGUUGUGAUGAGGCCGUUGCUGCACCUCCUGGUAGGGAUGGCGCUGUACGGGGUCGCCGAGGAGAUGAUCGUGACUGCACUCGUCGACAAGGUCACCACCGCGCUCUGCCCCCUCACCCUCACUGCUACCAGCUCUGCCUCGACGCCCUGCUCUGAGGCUAUCUACCUCACCGGCCUUCAGUCCUCGGUUGGGGGCAUUUUCAGGACUAUAGGGCUCACUCUGAUGGGUCAGCUAGCAGAUGAAUAUGGCCGCAAGCCUAUCCUCCUCCUCUCUGCCUCCACCUCCAUAAUACCAUUUGCUCUGCUUGCAUGGAAAAAUUCAAGGACUACUGUGCAUGUCUACCUUGUUAUGCGUACUUUCUCAUACAUGAUCGGCCAAGGAACCAUAAUAUUUUUUGCAGUUACAUACACGGAAAUAUCUGUUCAAGGUUUCAUCCUGAGAGUUGGAUUUUUCAGUGAAACACUUAGGCGAAUCUCAGUCAUUUCUUUCUUCUAUGAAUUGGGAAUGAUGGGCAUCAAUGAUGUCCUUCUGUACUACCUGAAGUCAGUAUUUGGCUUUGACAAGGAUCAGUUCUCAGAAAUUCAAAUGGUGGUAGAUAUUGGUUCGAUCUUUUCCCAGAUUUUGGUCCUCCCUCUUCUUAGCCGCACAAUUGAUGGAAAAGGAGUAUUAUGCAUUUCAAUACUCACAUCAAUUGCCUAUGCUUUUCUUAAUGGUGUUGCAUGGGCUUGGUGCCUUAUAUUUGCUCUACGCUGGGUGUCAUCUGUGUUCUGGCCAAACCAGCUGUAA